GUGAAAAUUAUUGAUAUGGCACAAAAAUAGUCGAAAGAUGUCACUAUGAAGUUGAAUCGAGAAUUCUCUGGUAAAGUCUGGAAAAGAACCAUGCAAAAAGAAAUUACGAACAUCAGCUGUUCAGGUUCUUAUUAGAUCCGUUUGACGAAGCGCCGGUGCGGUAAAUAAACAAUAGUGCGAAGACCCAACUAAUAAGUGUAUGUUUAAAGAAAACGGACUCAAAUUAACUACUUGACACUUGCCUUUGAUCUGGAAGAGCCUCAACCAUAAUUCUUGUAGUAAUAAUAUGAAUAUGGCAAACGACCAUAACCAACAAAACAGGCCAAAUAUAUUUGGACCAGAUUUCAAUUAUCCUCCACCAAAUGCAGAGUGGAAUCGGUUUGUAGCUAGCUCAACAUACUAUGAACACCCAAACUUCCCAUUCUCCUCCAAUUUUGGACCCAGUCCUGUCACCUUUCCAAUCCAGCCAGCACAGGUGAUCACACCAUCGUUCACUUCUUUCCCAUCAACAUCUUCAACAGAUUCUCUCAGUGAAUACUCUGCUGCAUUUCAAAGAUGUAAACAGAUGAGAUGUAAGAGAAAAACUGAUUCACCACUGCCCACUAUGAACAAGCAACACAUAACUGAAGAGAAGAUGGCUGAACAUUUAGCAAAACUUCAUAUCAGUUCAGAGACACCGGCAAGAAAUGAACCAGAGGAAAGAAGAGUCAAAAGAUUAUACAUGUGUGAUGAAAUGAGGAAAUUGCAGUCUGAGUCUAUUUUACCAAGUUCCUUAUUGAAUAAAAUACAGAGGCCAUGCACUGCCCUAGUCCUGUGGCAACCACCACAGAGGCUUGUACCUGCUGCUGAUGUAAAUGAGAACAGCAACAACAACAAUGAAGAGGUGCCAGACCAUAACUUAAUGGAAACGGAUGGGCGAUAGCAUCAUUGAUUUUAAACUUUGGAUAUUUUACAAAAAAAAAAAAACUUAUUUAAUAUUAUUGAGAACUCUCUUUCCUUACAAGACUAAUUGUUUUCAACUUGUUUGUUGUAUAUAAAAUGUACUUCAUUUAAAAUUAUAUAUAUAUAAGCAUUAAUUAUCAGGAUGGUAAA